GGCGUACAUGAAGCAAUGAAGUCAGUCAUGAAGUUUACAACUUAUCAGUGAUAGUGAGUGACGCGUAUUAGAAAAUUUAAUACAGAGGUAAAACAUGAGUUCCUUUCGACGCGACAAGAAAGGAGAAGAUGAUGGAGGUGUCAACGUAUUCCAAAAUCUUGAUAAAACAACGCUGUUACAAGAAUCAAGGUACUUCAACUCGACUCCCGUUAACCCCCGAAAAUGCAUCCAUAUCUUGACAAAGAUCUUGUAUUUACUGAAUCAGGGAGAAAAGUUGACUACGCAGGAAGCUACGGAUAUAUUCUUUGCGACUACAAAGUUGUUUCAAUCAAAGGAUGUAGUGUUGCGAAGGCUGAUGUACUUGUGUAUAAAGGAGCUGAGUGGCAUGGCUCAGGACGUGAUUAUUGUAACUUCGUCGUUGACUAAAGAUAUGACGGGGAAAGAGGAUUUGUAUCGCGCUGCAGCUAUUCGUGCGCUAUGCAGUAUAACAGACAGCACCAUGCUGCAGGCCAUCGAGCGCUACAUGAAGCAGGCAAUUGUUGAUAAGAACCCGGCAGUGAGCUCUGCCGCUCUCGUUUCUGCGCUGCACUUGUCUGCCACCGUGCCAGACCUCGUACGCCGCUGGGCUAAUGAAGCACAGGAGGCAGUGAUGUCAGACCAUGUGAUGGUAUCCUAUCAUGCCCUAGCAGUGGUCGCCAGCGCUCGCAAGAAUGAUCGCCUAUCUACAGUCAAGCUUGUGACCAAAUUAGCUCGCACACCACUGCGGUCACCAUACGCUCUUUGCCUGCUCAUUCGUUAUGCUGCCAAACUUGCCGAAGAAGAUCAAAGUGAUUCAUCAGAACAGUAUAUUGAAUUUAUUGAGUCUUGUCUUCGUCAUAAAUCUGAAAUUGUGGUGUAUGAGGCUGCACAUGCUAUUAUAAGUUUGAGAAAAACGGUCAGAGACCUGGCCCAAGCAGUUUCAGUACUGCAGAUUUUCUGUGGCUCCUCUAAGGCAACACUGCGCUUGGCUGGUGCUCGUACUCUUGCUAAACUUACAGCCAAACAUCCCAGUGCUGUUGCUGCUUGUACAGUUGAUCUAGAGAAUUUAAUUUCGGAUCCUAAUCGAUCAGUGGCAACCCUCGCUGUUACGACUCUUCUUGCCACUGGCGCUGAAAGUUCCAUUGAUCGUCUGAUGAAACCUAUGGCCAGUUUCAUGUCAGAAAUAUCAGAUGAAUUUAAGGUUAUAGUUGUGCGCGCAAUUCGACGUCUUUGCUCGAAAUAUCCUCGCAAAUAUCAAACCUUAGCUUCCUUCUUAGCAGGGAUGCUUAGAGAUGAAGGAGGACUACAGUAUAAAACUGCAAUUGCUGAUGCAAUUAUUGCACUGAUAGAAGAAAAUCCCGAUGCCAAGGAGACAGGUUUAGCCCACCUUUGUGAAUUUAUAGAGGAUUGUGAGCAUACAUCCCUUGCCGUCCGCAUACUGCAUGUUCUGGGGCGCGAGGGCCCAAGAGCGCGCCAACCAUCAAGAUACAUCAGAUAUAUUUACAACAGAGUAAUAUUGGAGUCAGGUCCCGUACGAGCCGCAGCUGUGACUGCUGUCGCUCGAUUUGGUGCAGCUAGACCAGAGCUGCUUCCUAAUAUCAGAGUUCUUUUGUCGCGAUGCCAGUUAGAUGAAGACGACGAAGUUCGCGAUCGAGCUACGAUCUACAGCGCAAUAUUGGAUUCUGGUAAUCCUGAAAUUUUAGAGGAAUACAUCCUCAACGUUCAAGUCCCUAAUGUGGUUCUCCUUGAAAGAGCACUUCAUGAUCAUCUUGAAACUUUCCCUGAUGAACCAUUCAACAUAUCUGCUGUACCGACAGAAGAGGAGCCUCAGGAAGCCAAGGAAGCUCCAGCUGAAACUGAAAUUACACGCAAGCCUGUUAUUUCACUUGAAGAACAGUAUGCAGACCAAUUAAAGGUUAUUCCUGGUAUUGAAAAGCUUGGACCACCUUUCAAAACUUGUGAGGCAGUUGACUUGACUGAACCAGAAACAGAAUACCGAGUGCGUUGUGUUAAGCAUAUCUUUGCUCGCCAUUUGAUUCUACAGUUUGAAUGUUUAAACACACUAAGCGACCAAAUGUUGGGGAGGAUACAUGUUCGUUUAGAUCCACCAGCUGGCUACAAAAUGCUUGGUGAAGUGCCGUGUGAUCAACUGGUGUACGAUAAACAAGGGAGCGCGUUUAGCAUUUUAGAGUUUCCUGAAAAUCCUAUAGAAACUUUGGGUGCAUUUGGCGCAACUCUAGAGUUUACAGUACGCGAUUGCGACCCAACAACAGGAUUACCUGACUCUGGUGAAGGUUAUGGUGAUACAUAUCCGAUAGAAGACGUAGAGAUUGCUUGUUCUGAGCAAUUCCGAAUGCGGCCAGCCUCAGAAGAUUGGGAUGCAUCUUGGGAGAGAGCGGCUAAUGCCGCUGAAGCAUGUGACACGUUUGGCUUAGCACAGACUGACGUUGGCGAAGCAGCCAAAGCAGUGUGUGAACAUCUGGGUCUACCUAAGUCUGCAAUUGCAGGUGAUGCAGUUAAAGAUAUAAGAGGAGGUGGUUUGUGGCGUGGCGGAGUGCCAGUUCUUGUUAGGGCGCGGCUAGUGGCUGCUCAGGGCAUUGUCACCAUGCAACUGUCAGCCCGUUCUCCUCGAGAAGAUGUUGCUACUCUUCUUCUAGCCGCCGUUGGAUAAGUAGCUGUUUUUAUCUUGUUUUUCAAACUGUCCACCUUGUGCCUUCUUAUCAAGUUAGACUAAAUUUUAAAAACAGAUAAAUAAAUAAUAUAGAGAUGCCUAUACAUAGCCUAUAAAUAACCUGUCUUUUAGAUUUUUUUUUCGUGCUGGUAUUGUGUGGAUAACUGUACGUCAACAACUUUGUUGCGUUUAUUAUUUUUUCCAUCGAUUAACUGUUAACGUAAAUGUUCGAAGUUCGAACUGUUUAUAAAAUACUUAAACGAACUCAAUAUUUUAAGCGAAAGAUAUUCACACACACAGAUUACUAUUCCAUGUUUUUCUUUAAAAAGCUUCAAGAAUACAGAUUGUUUUACUAACGUUUUACUAUUAGUUAUUGUAAUUACUGUCAUUGAAUUUAAUAAAGAAUGUAAAAUUAUAA